AUGGAGCUGCUGUCCACACCCCACAGCAUCGAGGUCAGCAACAUCACCUGUGACUCCUUUCGCAUCUCCUGGGCCAUGGAGAACAGUGACCUGGAGAGGGUCACCCACUACUUCAUUGACCUGAACAAGAAAGAGAAUAAGAACUCCAACAAGUUCAAGCACCGGGAUGUCCCCACCAAGCUCGUGGCCAAGGCCGUGCCGCUGCCCAUGACGGUGAGAGGCCACUGGUUCCUGAGCCCCCGCACGGAGUACAGUGUGGCAGUGCAGACCGCCGUGAAGCAGAGCGACGGGGAGUACCUCGUGUCUGGCUGGAGCGAGACGGUCGAGUUCUGCACUGGGGAUUAUGCCAAGGAACACCUGGCCCAGUUGCAGGAGAAGGCCGAGCAGAUCGCAGGCCGCAUGCUCCGCUUCUCCGUCUUCUACCGCAACCAUCACAAGGAGUACUUCCAGCACGCCAGGACCCACUGCGGGAACAUGCUGCAGCCCUAUCUGAAGGACAACAGUGGCAGCCAUGGCUCCCCGACCAGCGGCAUGCUCCACGGGGUCUUCUUCAGCUGCAACACGGAGUUCAACACAGGCCAGCCCCCGCAGGACUCCCCCUACGGCCGCUGGCGCUUCCAGAUCCCUGCCCAGCGCCUUUUCAACCCCAGCACCAACCUCUACUUUGCAGACUUCUACUGUAUGUACACGGCCUACCACUAUGCCAUCCUGGUGCUGGCCCCCAAGGGUUCCCUGGGGGAUCGCUUCUGCCGUGACCGCCUGCCCCUCCUGGACAUUGCCUGCAACAAGUUCCUGACCUGCAGCGUGGAGGAUGGGGAGCUGGUCUUCCGCCAUGCCCAGGACCUCAUCCUGGAGAUCAUCUACACCGAGCCUGUCGACCUGUCCCUGGGCACCCUGGGGGAGAUCAGCGGGCACCAGCUCAUGAGCCUGUCCACUGCUGACGCCAAGAAAGACCCCAGCUGCAAGACCUGCAACAUCAGCGUGGGCCGCUAG